CGCCGCGGCACAGGAGACGCUGUUGACCGGAGGGUAGGAGUAGUGGGCAGAGCUCCAGCCUGGCUCAUAGCUGGUGCCCCCUGAGCUGUGAGCACGUCACACCCGCCCGAGGUAAUUAUCCUCCCUAGAGAUGGCUUUAUUUGGAGUGGUGCAAAGUGGUGCUCAUGUCCAUCAGUGCGCCCACUUACUUAGAGCAGGGGCGCACAGUAGCUCCUGUCGAAGCCUGCACAUGACCAGCAGAUAUGCUGCUAAAGAGUACUAUGAUGUCGUUGUUGUUGGAGGAGGUGCUGGUGGGAUCACCAUGAGUGCUCGUAUGAAGAGAAAACUUGGAGCUGGAAAAGUUGCUGUCAUCGAGCCAAGUGAGGUUCAUUACUACCAACCAAUUUGGACUCUUGUUGGUGGUGGUGCAAAGAAACUGGCCAGCUCUGCAAGAUCUACUUCAGGCUUAAUACCAACCGGUGUCAAAUGGAUCAAAUCCGAAGUCAAAGGUUUCGAUCCUGACAAAAAUUGUAUCCGUAUUGAUGAUGGCAAAGAGAUAAGCUACAAAUAUUUGAUCAUUGCUAUUGGUCUCAAAUUGCAGUUUGAAAAGGUGAAAGGACUUCCAGAAGGAUUUAACUAUCCCAAAAUCGGCUCCAAUUACUCUGUAAAAACUGUGGAGAAAACCUGGAAAGCUUUGCAUGAUUUUAAGAAGGGCAAUGCCAUAUUCACCUUCCCAAACACGCCAGUGAAAUGUGCAGGCGCCCCGCAGAAAAUCAUGUAUUUAUCCGAGGAGUAUCUCAGAAAAACAGGAAAACGAUCUGAUGCCAACUUCAUUUUUAACACCUCUUUGGGAGUCAUCUUUGGAGUGAAGAAGUAUGCAGAUGCAUUGCUACAGAUAAUCAAGGAGCGAGAUAUUCAGGUCAACUUUAAACACAACCUUAUUGAGGUGCGGGCAGACAAACAAGAAGCCAUAUUCGAGAACCUGGAUAACCCUGGAGAGACCAAAGUGUACCAGUAUGAAAUGCUUCAUGUGACCCCUCCAAUGGGACCACCAGAUGUGCUAGUAAACAGUGCUGUGGCUGAUGCAGCUGGCUGGGUGGAUGUAGACAAGGAGACAUUACAGCAUAAGAAGUACCCCAAUGUAUUUGGCAUUGGAGACUGUACAAACCUUCCAACAUCAAAAACGGCAGCUGCCAUAGCUGCCCAGUCAGCGGUUCUGGACAGAACAAUUUCUAUGAUCAUGAAAGGCCAGAAUCCAUCAUCCAAGUAUGAUGGAUACACUUCAUGUCCACUGGUAACUGGCUACCGAAAAGUGAUCUUGGCAGAAUUUGACUACAGUGCCCAGCCUCUAGAGACUUUUCCUAUUGACCAGGGUAAAGAGAGAAGAACCAUGUACCAUAUGAAGGCAGACAUGAUGCCCUUCCUGUACUGGAAUAUGCUUCUCAAGGGAUAUUGGGGCGGACCAGCUCCUAUUAGGAAAAUAAUGCACCUUGGCUUUAAAUAAGAACGUAUUACAAACCACGCAUCUACUGCUCACACAGGCUUAUAUUGCCAUUCUCUGUAUGAUUCGUGAUUUCAGAAACAAGGCCGUAUUUUAUUCCACUGACUUGCCUAAGAAGAUUGUUUUCAUUGCUAUAAGUACAACCAUGCAGAACCUUAAAUUUCCGAUCACAUGAGCUUCUUGGUAUUUUCGUAUGACAUUACAGAUUUUAUUUUUAAUACAGUAACUACAGUAUUUUUGGACUAUAAGGUGCAGCUAAUUAUAAGAUGCACCCCAGGUUUAGAGAACAAAAAAAAAACAUUCUACUAAUUCAACCUUCCGUGGUGGUUUAAUGAAGUGGAGGCAUCAAGGUCACUAAAUCCGAGGUCUAGCAUAGAGAGGGUUAAUGGAUUUGGUCAGCUCCUGUUAAUCAUAGUGUGUCAUCUGCUGACCAUUUUAACAAACAGCAAUGGUGAAUCUGGUCUUCUCAUUAAAUAUAUCCAAGUGAA